GAGUAAACCAACGGAGUGUGAAUCGUGUGAAUCGAUUAGCAGCCAUCUCUCAAUCGCCAUUCUGUUAGAAGUGCGUCGCGUCUUGAAGCGUGUGUUUGUUUAGUUAUCUAGAAAACGCCGGCUUUUUUACUUCUCCAAAAUGGUUAAAAUGGAUCAUGAGGAUGGCAAGAAUGAGCCAGAACAUGUUCGAAAGCUUUUCAUUGGAGGUUUAGACUACCGAACAACUGACGACUCAUUGAAAAAACAUUUUGAGCAAUGGGGUGAAAUCGUAGAUGUCGUAGUAAUGAAAGACCCUAAAACCAAAAGGUCACGAGGGUUUGGAUUUAUUACGUAUUCUCGAGCCCAUAUGGUAGAUGAUGCACAAAGUGCUAGACCUCACCGCGUUGAUGGCCGAGUUGUUGAGCCUAAAAGAGCUGUUCCAAGGCAAGAAAUUGGAAGGCCUGAAGCUGGAGCUACUGUUAAAAAAUUAUUUGUUGGAGGAUUAAAAGAUGAUCAUGAAGAAGAAGAUUUAAGACAAUACUUUCAGAGCUAUGGCAGUAUCAAUUCAAUUAGUAUUGUUACUGAUAAAGAGACUGGUAAAAAGCGUGGAUUUGGAUUUGUUGAAUUUAAUGACUAUGACCCUGUUGACAAAAUUUGCCUCCAACGCAAUCAUCAAAUCCGUGGAAAACAUGUUGAUGUCAAAAAAGCUUUGAGUAGAGCAGAAAUGGCAUCCGGAACUGGAGGAUCCAGUGGUGGUGGUGGCGGCGGUGGCCGUGGAAGCCAAGGUGGUGGACGUGGUCCUAGAGGAGGUAAUCAAGGAGGUGGAAACUGGGGAGGCCGUGGUGGUAGUGGCGGCGGCGGUGGUGGCGGUGGUGAUUGGAAUAACGGAGGCAACCAAGGAUACGGCGGAAAUCAAGGAGGAUGGGGUGGUAAUGGCCCUUGGGAAAAUCAGAAUCAAAGUGGAAGUUGGGGAGGCCAAGGUGGUCAGGGAGGAUAUAACAGUGGCGGUAAUUGGAGUAAUGAUAACUUCGGAAGCGGUUACCAGCAAGGCUAUGGCGGUGGUCCAGUCAGAAAUAACUUCAACUCAGGCGGACGGCCAGCACCCUACGGUACUAGUAUGGGUCCUAGUGGCCGGCAAUCUGGAGACGCGAGAUGGAUGCCACCCUUCGGUGGGCAAGGACCAAUGGGUGGUAACUCCGGCGGUGGUGGUGGCGGCGGCUACGGAGGUAACCAAGGAGGUUACGGAGGUGGUGGCGGUGGUAUGGGAGGAGGAAAUAUGGGUGGUGGAGGCGGACGUAGAUAUUAAGAAGAUGUUAACCAGAGAACUCUCCCUCGAUCGGUGACCCCCUACUACUUGUCUUCUAGUCGCCAGUACUUCUGUACUGUUUAGUUGUGGAGCAGGCAGGGCUAAAAGGCUAGAGAGACAGGACAUGGCAGGACAAUCAGGAGAUACAGGAGAACAGUGUGAAAGAAGCGACACCCAGUUGUAUAGCUUGCAGUGAGGGAAUACUAAUUAAUUUGUUAGCGUAAACCUCUUCGCUGUAUUUUAUUUAUUAGCACUAGUGCCACAUCAGAAAAGAUACGAGUUUGAAAAAAUAGAUCAGUUAAUUCAUUAUUUCUGUAACUGAGCAAUUUGUUAGGCCGUGUCUGCAAUUCAGUCUUACAGUUAUCGAUUCAUGACGUAUUUUGACAGAAACUAUUUAUUAUUCUAUUUCAUUCAUUUCUUCUUAUUAUUACACUAUCAUAUCCUUUGUCAGUAUCAUAAAAAACUUCUUACAUACAUAUUUUACAACAAAAAAAUAUCGCGUCACUUAAAGAAAAAUAGAACAACUUAAUUCUUACGCGUAUUUUUACCUAUUUCUCUAAAUAAUCCUGUGUUUCUGCGUGAAUAUCACAAUUCAGUAAUACAAGGGAGAUAUUAAAAUGUUUAUAUGUCAGAUUUUAAUGGUCAAUGCACUAAAUAUAUAUAUAUAUGUAUGAGAGUGAUGAGCGAACGGGUCAAUGUAAGAAUCUAGGUUUUAACAAAAAAAAAAAGAUUUAUUUAUUAUUGUGGAAGUUAAUCAUUAGAUACAUAUGAUUCUUAUGUAGACCAAAGAAAUCAAAAACAGAAUAAAUUAUAAAGACCAUUCGAGGGAGAGAUAUGAAAUAGACGCGCGCGAAAAUAAAAAUGAAACUUUUUCAAAUACAGAAAAUCCAAAAAAAUUAUUGAUAAGAGUUAAUUUAAAAUGCGAAAAAAAUACAAUACGUAUCAGCAUUUUUCAGGUGUUAAUGUAGGAUACACCACGUAAUUUUUAAGUUGUAAUAUCUUAAGCUAGAUAAUAAAUAUGACCAGAACCUUUUUCCACGACAAUUUUUAAUUUAAAAAAAAAAAAAAAAACAAAAAUAAAAUUAUUGUCAUAAAGAUUAGGCUAUAAGUUUUUUUCUUUGAAUGAGAUAAUAACAUGUAGUUUAUUAUAGGACAAACAUCAGAGUAGAAUACAUGUUUUAAUCAAAAAAUGGUUGAAAAACGUAGCUGAUUAAAGUGAACUUUAGUUUAUUAAUAAAAAAAAAAAUUUGUUUAUUAUGUAUAAAUGACAAAAUUAUGAAAUACGGAUUUUUGUAUAUCAAAAGGAAAAAAUGUGUCGCUCAAUUAAUCUAGAGCUCAGUAAUUUAUUUGUAAGCACAGUAUUAAAUCAUUGGUAUAACGACCAAUCAUUACUAUUUUGUAGUUUAUUCCUGAUUUCUUCAUUGGAUUUUAUUUGUACCUUCAUUGUCAGUCUUGUAGAUAAGGGAUGUGCAGUUUUUGUGAUGAGAAGAAUAAAAAAUGAGCUUAGGCUUAUCUAGAAUCUACACUAUUUUGUGUAGAAAUUCCUCCUACCAAGGGGUGUCUUCUUUCAUUUUUAUAUUGAAUUUUAUCACUCGAAAUUUAUAUGAAUAAUUACUGUCAAUUAAUUUAUGUAAGUGAGGUCCAUCAGGAUUUUGAGGUUGUGAGAAUAAAUUCUCAUUUACAGUCGAAUUGACUCAUCAAUAAAAUAAAUAAAAGAAUCUGUUACUUUGAAA